AUGGCUACGGAAAUUGCGUCGCAGCCUGAUGUUCCUCUAGGCGUCACAGGAGAUCGCUCAAGAUGGAAGCACCUAGACACAAUCCUCUCUCGCAAGGGUCCCUUCACAGACCCAGAUGACUUUGUGCCUGGCGAACGUGUUAUUCAGAGCCUUGAAUCAGCAAAGAUCUUCGGAGCGGGCGGCCUCGGAUGCGAAAUCCUCAAGAACCUCGCCCUCUCUGGUUUCAAGAACAUCGAUGUCAUUGAUAUGGACACGAUCGACGUUUCCAACCUCAAUCGCCAAUUCCUCUUCCGUGAGACCGAUGUCGGAAAAUACAAGGCUGAGGUCGCUGCUCGUUUCGUCGAGGAUCGCGUCAAGGGAGUCAAGAUCAACCCUUAUUGCGGGAAGAUUCAGGACAAGGACGAGGACUACUACCUUCAAUUCAACAUUAUCGUUUGCGGUCUUGACAGUAUUGAAGCAAGAAGAUGGAUCAAUGCUACUCUGGUGGGAAUGGUAGACGAGGAAAAUGUCGACAGCCUGAAGCCAUUGAUCGACGGCGGUACUGAAGGUUUCAGAGGCCAGUCCAGAGUUAUUCUUCCUACCGUCACGAGCUGCAUUGAGUGCCAGCUGGAUAUGCACGCUCCUCGUGCUGCUGUUCCUCUGUGCACCCUGGCUACCAUUCCUCGUCAACCUCAGCACUGCAUCGAGUGGGCUCAUCUCAUCGCUUGGGAGGAAGAGCGCAAGGACAUUACUCUCGACACGGAUGAUACAGAGCACAUUUCGUGGCUGUUCGCAAAGGCUCUCAAGCGUGCACAGGAGUUCAACAUCCCAGGUGUCACAUAUUCCAUGACUCAAGGUGUAGUCAAGAACAUCAUUCCUGCAAUCGCAUCAACCAAUGCCAUCGUUGCCGCCUCGUGCUGUAACGAGGCAUUCAAGAUUGCAACUGGCACAAACCCAUUCUUGGGUAACCCCGGAGCAAACAAUUACAUGAUGUACAGCGGAGACGACAGCAUCUACACAUACACGUUCGAACACGAAAAGAAGGACGACUGUCCGGUGUGCGGCAACCUGGCCAAGGAGAUCUCUGUUAAGAAGGAGUGGACUCUGCAAGACUUUGUUGAACAUCUGGCCGAGAGACCCGAGGCACAGCUGAAGAAACCAUCGAUCCGAACUGAAGAGAAGUCACUUUACUACUCGGCACCUCCCAGUCUCGAGGAGCAGACUCGCCCUAACUUGAAGCGCAAGCUGGACGAACUGUUGUCUGACGGACAAGAGGUGGGUGUCAGCGACCCUGCUUUCACUAUUGACUUCAAGUUCAAGGUCCGCUUCUCUUAG